AUGUCAACUGAACUUAUCUCAAGCUCUUCUAACAGCCAAAAUCCUUCCCAGCCGAUUUCUCCAACUCAAUCUCUUUAUGUUGCCAAACUUCCACUUUUUUUGACCCGUGAAGAUAUCAUAAAAAAAGUUAAAGAAUUAAAAGACACCAUCUCAAAAUGCAAAAAAGAAAGGAUCACUUCCUUUUUACAGUCAAAACAUUUAAAACACUUUGUCUGCGAACGAGUCGAUAUGCUUUUUUCAAAUAAAUUCAAAGAGCUUAAAGAUCUCCGCAGAGAAAGCACUAUGCGUGAUUCUCCACAAAUAGCUGAUUUUGCGGCAGAUUUGAAUAGUAACCCUGAAAUAGCGAGCGAAUCAAGCUUUACUGACAGUAACGACUCUUUACAAACAGAAAACUCUGACAUUUUCCCUAAAAAUCCCUUAUCGAUUCAGCUAGAAAUCUCCUCUACAAAUCCUGAAAUAGGAGAAGCCCGUGCUGAGCUGCAAGCUUUAGAAGAAGAAUUCAUAGAAAAACAAAAGGCAAGCUUAAUAAAGCGGCAAAAAACUACUAUAAACCCAACAGAAGAACAGUUAAUAGAACACAAAACUUCUUAUAGAAGCUAUGUAAAAUUUGCCUCAAGUGCAUAUUCAGAUGAAGCGAUCAUAUACUCAAGAAAAUACGUCGUAAUUGACUAUGAAGAACUCAAUGCUUUUUAUAGUGCAAAAGAAAUUGAGCCAAUGUUCAGCUUGACGCUUGACCAUGUGGUAGAAAUAAUUGACCAAGAUAACGGGGAUAUUAAAGUGGUAUAUAAAUAUGAAGAAAUGGAAAGGGCUGUGGUAAUAUUUCCACUCACAGCUGGGGAUUAUAAAAUAUGGAAGGCCGUCUGCAAAAAUAUAGCUGGGCUAAAAGAAAUUGUAUUAGUAAAUAAUGGAGCUUUGCCUGAAAGAAUUGACUCUCCUGAUCUGUCUCCAGCGCUGCCAGUUAUGAGGAAACAUAGGAAAACACAUUUUUUUACUCUAGGAGAAAUGGCAGUUCAAGAGCCUGAUAUUUCAAAUAUCAUGGAAGGAAGUGAAGAACAAGAAGUUUCCCAAGAAAUCAGUCAGCUUUCAGAAGAAAUCGACGUUUCUAAGUCAACUGUUUCGUGGGAUUAUGAUUUUGAUGCUCUUGAUGAAGAGCAAAAACAAGAAACUCCUAAAGAGUCAGACAAAGAAAGCGUUAUUAUACACUCCCCAAAUACCAAAAUAUUUAUUUUUAUUAUAAAAAUUUUAUAUAAAUACAGUUAAAUAAAGUAUAGUAUUACAGAAUCUGAAGCCCUAGAAAUGAACAUCCAUGACGAAAGACACCGGACUUAUACAAUUUUAGCGUCUUUAGGCAAAACUGAAGGGCUGGUAAAUUUAUUAACCAAAGGUGGAAUUUUUUUGAAGUAUGGAAGACAUGGGAAGCCUCAUUUAAAGCAUGUAGUUUUGACAGCUGAUCUUCGGUAUAUCGAAUGAAGGAACCUUAAUAAGAUAAAGCCAUCAGGGUCAAUGGCUGCAGUCAGCAUAAGAUCUAUCCAAAAAGGACGAAAUUCGCCUUGUUUUAACAGAUUUAAGCACCCAGAAAAAGAAGAGCUCAGCUUUUCUUUGAUUUCUAAUGAUAGGAGCCUUGAUCUAGAACUAGUCAAAGAAAAUAUUGUCCCUAGAGAUGUCUGGGUAGAAGCAUUCCAGCAAUUAAUCAACCAAAGGUACAGAAGAGACCAGGUGCAGCGAUACAUUAGCAAAAGAAACUCAGUUAUGGAUAAUUAA